AUGAACCUAUUCGCUCAGAGGAUCCAUACUGGAGAAAAGCCACAUCAGUGUUUGCUGUGUGGAAAGGCUUUUACACGAAAGGGUCAUCUGAAGCUACAUCAGAGGAUCCAUACUGGAGAAAAGCCACAUCAGUGUUUGCUGUGUGGAAAGGCUUUUACAUACACAACAACUCUUAAGAGACAUCUGAUGAUCCAUACUGGAGAAAAGCCACAUCAGUGUUUGCUGUGUGGAAAGGCUUUUACAGAAGCAAACACUCUUAAGAUACAUCAGAUGAUCCAUUCUGGAGAAAAGCCACAUCAGUGUUUGCUGUGUGGAAGAACUUUUAGAGAUCCAGAAAAUCUCAAGAGACAUCAGAGGACCCAUACUGGAGAAAAGCCAUAUCCAUGUUCUCAGUGUGGAAUGACCUUUAGUCACAACGCCAGCCUCAAGACACAUCAGAUGAUCCAUUCUGGAGAAAAGCCACAUCGGUGUACUCAGUGUGGAAAGGCCUUUACACAAAAGGGUCACCUCAAGCUACAUCAGAGGAUCCAUACUGGAGAAAAGCCACAUCAGUGUUCGCAGUGUGGAAAGGCCUUUAAACGAAGUACUCGUCUCAAGCUACAUCAGAUGAUCCAUACUGGAGAAAAGCCACAUCAGUGUUUGCUGUGUGGAAAGGCUUUUACAGAAGCAAAUGCUCUUAAGAUACAUCAGAGGACCCAUACUGGAGAAAAGCCAUAUCCAUGUUCUCAGUGUGGAAAGACCUUUAGUCACAACGCCAGCCUCAAGACACAUUGGAUGAUCCAUUCUGGAGAAAAGCCACAUCAGUGUUUGCUGUGUGGGAAGGCUUUUAGAGAUCCAAAAACUCUCAAGAGACAUCAGAGGACCCAUACUGGAGAAAAGCCAUAUCCAUGUUCUCAGUGUGGAAUGACCUUUAGUCACAACGCCAGCCUCAAGACACAUCAGAUGAUCCAUUCUGGAGAAAAGUCACAUUAG